CAAGAUCCCGAACCGGAUCACAGAAAAUCUGGCCGGAGGUUGCCGGGAGGAGAUUUUGCCUUACCGAGUGCCACUAAUGACAAUUACUACCUUCACCGAGCACACUUUUUACAAAGUGCCUCUCCGUUUGGAUUGUUUGUCUCCACGCCAAUGCAGUAGGAUCAAAUAAACAUCAUCGACAUCAGUGGAAAGAGUCGAUUGCGCGAUUCAUGCUAUUUUUGAACAAUAUUCUCAGUGAAUCAAUCGCAAUAAGUAAGAAAAUAUUUAAUCGAUCGUGCUUUUUUAAAGUAACAUAAUCGUUAUAUUUAUUUAUGUAUAUUUCAGCUGUUGCAGUGCAGCUGUGGAUAAAGAGGAAUUAAAUGUUUUAAAGCGAAACGCGACCUUUGCUUUGAAGCGCACUCUGGAUAAUUGCGUAUCGACUCCUUUUUCGCAUCUCUCGCUGGCGACUGAUUUAAAACUAAUAUUGCAUCCUAGACAACAUAUAGCCGAUUUGAUUUCCCCCCGCACAAUUAGGAGGAUAAUUUAUCGUUUCUCUUAUUCGUCGCAUCCUUCUUCAUCUUCACCAUGAAUUAUCUGCGACGUCGACUGUCCGACAGUAAUUUUAUGUCCAACUUGCCCAACGGCUACAUGACCGAUCUACAGCGGCCCGAUCCGCCACAGCAAAGCCCCGCUGCCCCCGAGGUGUCGCCCGGAUCUCAAGAGAGGCGUCAAUCUCACAGCCAGUCUACUACUGGCGCCGGUUUCUUUUCCUCCAUUUCCAACGCCGUCAAACAGACCACCGCCGCCGCUGCCGCCUCCUUUAACGAGGCCACUGACAGAGUCGGCUCGAGCAAUGCCAAGAUCCUUCUGGUCAUUGAUAACCAGCAGACAGAUUGGACAAAGGUGUUUAAAGGCAAGAAGGUUCAUGGUGAAUUUGACAUCAAAGUAGAACAGGCUGAUUUCUCUGAGGUUAAUCUGGUGGCUCACGCAACGCAAAGCUUUAGUCUGGACAUUGAGGCCAUCCGUAAUGGACAUAAAAUCACAAAAUGUUUCAAACCAGAUUUUGUGCUGGUCCGACAGCAUGCUUACAGUAUGGCUAAGAAUGGUGACCACAGGAACAUUGUGAUUGGACUACAGUAUGCUGGCCUGCCCAGUGUCAAUUCUCUUCACUCUGUCUACAACUUCUGUGACAAACCAUGGGUGUUUGCUCAGUUGUCCAGAUUGUACAAGCAGUUGGGACCAGAGGAGUUCCCACUGAUUGACCAGGUUUAUUACCCCAACCACAAGGAGAUGAUCACUACACCCGGCUUUCCUGUGGUAGUAAAGAUGGGUCAUGCUCACUCUGGUAUGGGAAAGGUCAAAGUGGACAAUCAAUAUGAUUUCCAAGAUAUUGCAAGCGUUGUUGCUUUGACGAAGACUUAUGCCACAUCUGAGCCUUUUAUUGAUGCCAAGUACGACAUCCGGAUCCAGAAGAUUGGUGACAAUUACAAAGCCUACAUGAGGACAUCUUUAUCAGGCAACUGGAAGACGAACACAGGAUCAGCUAUGUUAGAGCAGGUGGCCAUGUCUGACAGGUAUCGCAUGUGGGUGGAUGUAUGCUCAGAGGUUUUUGGAGGUCUUGAUAUAUGUGCUGUUGAAGCAUUACAUGGUAAAGAUGGUCGAGAUUACAUCAUAGAGGUGGUGGGCUGCUCAAUGCCGCUCAUCGGAGACCAGCAGGAUGAAGACCGGGCCCUGAUUGCUGAUCUUGUUGUGAACAAAAUGAACCAGACUGUGCCACGCACUUCAGCUCCCUCUCCAGGGCCAGCUGUUUCACCCCAACCCAUCUCUCAGUCUAGAGUUCCACAAGCACAACAACGCCCUCCUACACAGGGAGGUUCACAACAAGCACCUGCUAGCACUCCUUCAGCUCGUCAAGGAACCCCACCACAGCAGCGCUCCUCUCCUCAGGCCCAGGCCCCUGCCCAGCCCCAGUCUGUGACCAGUCCAAAUGCCCAGAACCCCCCUUCUCAACAAAACAGGCCACCCAAUCAAGCCCCACAGCGACAAGCCAGUCAAGGGGCCACAAGUCAGCAGAGGCCUGCUACAGCACAGGCCACCCCCCUGCGUGGCCCAGGUGGUUCUCCUCAGGCACAGAGGCCCCAGCAAGGUGGCCCCCAACAGCAGCCUCAGAGGCCUCCAACUGCUGGCCAGGUUCCCAAACCAGGCGGUCAGUCCCAGCAGAGGUCCCAGCAGCAAAGACAAGGCCAGCCAACCAGACAGCCAACACAAGGUGGGCCGCAGCCAACCCAGGAUGCCUCACAACCAACCCAACAACAGCAGGGUGGUCCACGUCCCCCUACAACUCAACAACCACGGCCUACUACACAGGGCCAGGGAGGACCAGGAGGUGCAAGGCCUCCCUUGCAGCAGAAACCGCAACCUCCGCAGAAACCAAGUCCUGAUCACCCAGCCCUGAGUGGAUCCCCACAGCUCAACAAAUCCCAGUCUCUUACCAAUACAUUCAACAUUCCAGAAACGCCGGCCGCCCAGCACCAAAGUCCUAGCCAGGAUGAAGCAAAGGCUGAGACCAUUCGCAACCUUCGGAAAUCCUUUGUGAGCCUCUUCUCCAUGGAAUGAAACUACACUCACACACACACACCACACACACACACACACACACACACACACACACACACAAACACUCAGAAACACACUCAGAAACACACACAUAUAUAAUCAUACACAUAAACCUACAUGCAGUAGAUGUUGAAACAGAGAUGUCAUCAUAUAUACUCUGUGCAAAAAGGACCAAUUAUAUUGCAUAAUGUCAGAUUUGUGCACAUCAAUUUGCAAUGAAACAUCGAUAAAGCACUGCCUAUACACUGCUUAAAGAUUGCAAUAUUGAGUGAGUUAUCACAGCAGUAUUGCAGUAACAUUUUAUUACACAAUUUAUUCUGUGACCAUUAGAAACAUUCCCUGUGUUUUCUUUAGUCCAGUUAGAGGAGGGUUGGGGGGCAGGUGAAAACACAAUAACACUCACUCACUUGCACACACAAACACUCACACUCAGCCCUUUACACUACCUACAAAGUGACUGAACCUGCAUAAACUUAACACAUGUAUACUAGAACUUGCCUAUCUGUGCAUUCAUUCCAGGCUUUUAUUGUGAAUUUAUCACUGAUUAUACUAGAUUAUUUUUGAAGUGAUAGGUUAAAAGUUUUGGUGGACACUGUUGUAGAGUCAUACACCCUCACACUUUUUUUCAGAUGUGAUCUGAAAUACAUAUGCUAAUUGUUUGAAGCAUGUUCUGUUACAACAAGGAGCACCAUCUAACAGUUUUAUCAAUGCACCACAUUGUAAUGUAACUAAAUUAUUUAUUGUUAAUGCUUAAGCAAAGAUUGGAUUCUACAAUUAUGACUCAUUGUGAUGUAAUUAAAAUUUGCACAAGCUUCCAUCGUCAAACUAACCAUGUUAGAAUUAGCCACUUGCGAAACUGUUGAAACUGCAUGUCACUUAAGGAGAAUGUGGUCGCACAAUGUUGGUGGUCUUGCUUUAGUAACUGUCGUGUCGUUGCAAGGUAGUCGUAGUGAAAAUGUUGUUUCAUUUUUGUGAGCAAGCUGUCGCUGCUUCCCUAUUGUCCCUUUUCCUGAACAAACAAAUCACACAAUCGUACGCCCUUAAAUGUUUAAUAUGCCUAAUAAGGCAUAAGUAAACAAUGGUUUCAUGCAGUCGCAUAUGUCUCAGGGAUGUCCUGGAGAGAAAGAGACUAUGACCUAAUGUCUUUGAUCAUGUCAGGUCUUCCAAUCCAUUACUGCAAAGAGUUAAUGAUCUGCUAUAGUGAAGGCCAAUGAAGGGAGAUUUAUGUUAGCUGGUUUUGAGGAAUGUAUUUUUUUUGCUGCAUGAACAUGUUUGCACACCAGUACUGUAUCACUUGAGAACAUAUGAGGUGAGUGAAAGCUCAGGAAGGUUUGUUUCAUCAAGAAUGUUUCACAUGCAUUGGGGAAGGCAUUUUCAGCUUUUCACAGUUAUUUCGGAUGCAUGAAUGUAGAUGAGCUGCCUGUUCAUUACACAUUGGCCCUAUGAAAAUGCAAAGCCAAAAUUGAAAGCCAAGUAUGCCAUCAACAGUCUUCAAAGUAAAAAAAAAAAUUAUUUAUUUAUUAUAUUAUUAUACGUCCAGGUGUGCCCAGUUACACAAUGUGGAUCCUUAAACAUCUUGCUCCUAAAACAUCUCACCAUACUGAAGGAUUUUAUAACUUGACCAGCAGUGUGGCAGUGUCUUCCACAAGUGAGGAUAUAACAAUCCCAACACUGGCAAUAUAUUUAGCCAUUCAAAGUAUCCUAAUCCAAUCCCAAACCCCUCAGCUUCCCGCUCACCAGCCUGUUGUGUAUUUACAGUGAUCCUUUCGUGACAAAUGGUGUGUUAAUGUGUAUAUUUCUGUAUAAUGUAAUGUUGUACCGUAAACUGUCAAAACCAAAUAGAAGUGUUGUAAAGAUCUUAACUCUACAAAUGAUGCAAAUGUCCUGUAAUUGAUUUGAUAGUUGAGUGAUCGUUGUUGAAAUAAUGUGGGUUUGUCUAUGACAAGAAUUUACUUUAAUCAUAUGUGAUUUAGGUUGUGUAAAAUCCUACCAGAAAGGUCCGUCUUGUUUAUUUGAAAUAUUUUGUGACACAUUUGCAGUUAAAAGUCAUCUUUUGUGUGUUAAUUGGUAAGUAAGUGCUUUGAUUGGUUCACCUAUGUUGUAAUCUAGAUAGUCCACCAUUAUAUUAUUGUGGCUCAGGCUAUCUUUCAGUGUACUUCAAUGUGGUUCAUGUUUUUACAAACAAAGAUAGGCCUGUGUGUUAAAUGAUGGCUUUAAUGAAUGUUCAAUGAAUAACUUUAUCACUGAUGCAAUCAAGUCUGGAGGCAAAUGAAAUGUUUUUCAAUAAUUUAUUUGAAUGUUGCGGUACUUAACGAUCCCAUGCAUGAAGUUUGUUCUUCAUCAUUUGUUUUGCAUUCAGAAAUGGGUAUUUAUUAUUUUCCAUGUUUACAUUUGUUACUUUUUUUAUAGAGAGGAAGUAUCUCCUUUUAAAGAAAACAUAGUCAAAUGUAUCAUACUUGCUAAAUAGGUAAACCUGUUCUGACUGUUUUAAUCUCAGUGAACUUUGUUGUCUGUAAUUGCCUGCCAAUUGUAUAAAGAAAAGAAGAUAUAAAAUGAAU